UUUUGACAGAUGUCAAUACUACGCAUAUAUACCGCUAUUUUAAUCUGUACUUUCUAAAUUUGAAGUGAAAUUACUGUAUAUUUAGAAGAGUUUUAAAGAAAAAAGAAGAGAAAAUAGAGCAGAAGAAGUAGUUGAAUGAAUAGAGCGUCUUUAUUGUCAUUUCUCGUAUGACAUAUAAGUUAUCUCAUUGUUUUCGUAAUGUAUUUUUCUUGCAAGAACGCAUGACUGAUACUCCGUUUAAAAUUGAGAAGAGGUUGGGAACUAAUCUUUCUACGCAUUAUUAGAAGUUUGUCAACGCUUGUUAAUAAUUUCUUCAAGUUUGACAUUUACCGGUACAUCAUAUCAUCCGUAUUUGGAUCACUAUUAUCAAUAUUUUGUCACACUAAAAAAAUGUCUAAUUACUAUUGCAUCUGUUGUAAACAAUUAUCUAAUGACAAUUACAAAAAUAUAUUCGAUGAAAAAUUGCUAAUCAAGACACAAGGAAAUGUUAGAAAUAAUGAGGAAUUUGAUAAAUGUAUGAUUUUGAGAGAUGCUAUUGAACUAAUUACUGGCUAUACGAUAUUGAAGAUAGAUGAUGCAGUUUUGUGUGAAACAUGUUUUCAAAAGGUAGAAUCUUACAUAAAAUUUCGUUCUGAACUUGUUGCAUCAUUUGAGAGAUGCACUAAUAUCCAAGUUCCAGACAUUAAUCUGCCAAGUUCCAAAAAUAUGAAAAUUACAGAAAACAAAACUUCAAAAACGCAAAUCUCUGAUGCAGGAUCAGAAGUAUUCAGAGAAGUAACAAAUGUGUGUGAGAAUAAUAUUCUUACAAAAUGCAGCGACUUAUCAAACAGUGAAUCUGAGGUUAAUGAUUCCUUAUAUUAUUCUAAUGUAUUGCCAAACUUUCAAACUUUUGCUGACAACACUUCUGAUUCCACUGAUGAUUUUGAUGAUAAUUCAAAUAUUGAGAUAUCUCGUUCAAAGAUUCCGAAAAGCGAUAUAGAAUCAGAUGUAAAUGUCUGUUCUGGCGAAGACAACAAUGGAAUAUUAGAAUUAGCUAUCCAAUGUAAACAUAAUGACCCUAUCAAUAUUAGUUUAACUGAAUCUGAAGAAGAUUAUGAUUAUGGACCAAAUGUCAAAAAAUUCAAGAUUUCAAGUUCUUAAAUUUUAUUUUGAUUUUUCUUUAAUUAUUGUAUAAUUUAUAUAUGC